GCGGACCUUUUGUCCGCACCUCCAUCACCCUUUCCGACAUCCUCAAUCUUCUUCCUCCCUGUUAGUCCUCGUUGCUCAGAACAUAGAUCCAGCCUUCUCUACAACUUGAUAUAACAAUUCUCUUUGACGCAGAAGGAAUAGGGUAGCUGAAAGUUUAGAGAAGAUUCGCGACCUCGAACGUCACAGAAACAAAUUUCUCAACGCAGCCACUCAGCCAGAUCGAUGGGCGGAUCGCUGGAAUGGAACGAAGAUACCAAAGCGUUAUCAGAACGCAGCAUGUAUAACUCACUCAGCGACUCUUAUCGUCUUCCCAUCGAGAUUCUCGUCGAAAUAUUCGCUUACUGUGUCGAGGACGGAAGGACAGAUCCUGACACAUACGCGAAACCGAGGUGGUUAUCCCUUACGUAUGUUUGCCGACGUUGGCGUGCAGCUGCGUUGAACACUCCUGUUCUCUGGACUUGGCCGCACUUUUCUCAUGGCGAGCUGGCCCUCGAGAUGAUCAAACGCUCCAACAAUCUACCGCUCGUAAUCGAAGCCCACAUAUCUCGCUCGAAUGGCAGGGAUGUCAGGAAGGCGGUUGUUCAGGCCACCAACGAAGUUCCUCGAACUACCAGACUUCAGCUUCAAGUCAGCUCGGGUUUAGUAAUGUUGAGAAUACUGGCAAACUGCUCUCAGCCAGCUCCUAUGCUCACCUCAUUGAACCUCCACAUUCCCUCCGGUUCCCGUGCACAGUGUACUCUACCCAGCAAUUUCCUUGCAGGAACCGCGCCCAAUCUCACUCAUCUUUCCCUCACUGCUUGCCAUAUCACCCCUGAUUCCCCAUUGUUGAAGAACAUUACCGUCCUCAAGCUGAAUCUACAGGAUUGCUUUCCAUUUCCAACUCUUACGGGCUGCAAGGCGAUUCUAAUUGCGUCCCGCAACCUAGAGCAUCUCGAACUCCGUCUCCGGAAAGUCAAUGGGGAUCCUGUGCUUCCCGACCAACACAACCCAUAUCCCCUUCUAGCACUACGAUAUUUCUACUUGGAAUGCGACCUUCAGGCAUGCGCGAAUCUCAUUUCCAUGUACUCGGGGAGCUUUUUCCCCACAAUUAUCGGUUUUGACUCCCUAUCACAUCUUCUUCCAACAUUUCUAUCCGGAACAUCUUUCACGUCGUUUUUCAUCGAGGGAUACGACAAGUAUUGGGUACAGUUCAAGGGCUGGACCUCAUUGAUAGGGGAGGAGAAUGACGUCCCCCUUUCUACCGUGUCAUCCAGACCACGCCUCUGUUUGAGUCUUCGAGAUGCAUCCCCAUACUCCGGUCACCACGUUCGAUGGGACCUCGUCAUCUAUGGACUAGUCUCCCGAGGUCUCCCCCUCCUAACCCUCAAAUCUCUCUCCUUCCAGCUCGGCGGUGAGGUCUUCCACAACCGCUCAGAUACCAUCCUCGGCUUUUUCGCCUCCCUACCCAACCUCACCAUUAUUGAAAUCACCGAUAACAUAGCGGAAAGCAUUAUCGACGCGCUGAAGUACGAAAGGAUGUUGGACCGUGUACCGCUUUCCCCUUUCCAUUUCCAACCUCUCUCGCUUCAGACGGAUUCCCAAGUAGAUGCAGUCCAGAUUCCUCCUACGAAUAAUUUGGCGUUUUCUAAGCUGCGAGUGAUUCGAUUGGACAGUGUCGAGUUGACGGAUGCUAUACUUGUCUCUAACUUCACGACAGUCCUUGGGAUACGGAAGAAGUGCGGGAUCGGGAUUGAGACGUUACAGUUUUUCGACUGUGAUGUUUCUGAUGAAGCGAUAUCGUGUAUCGAGACGUUCGUAGGGAAGAUGGAGAGCAUCUCUCAGGGCACGUAG